AUGAAAGAUGAAGACAAUAAUACUGUGAAACUGGCUGGACUCAAGAUGAUUAAAGUUCAAAGCUCUGAUCCCGAUGCCAUAUUUUUCAAAGAAUCAUACGCUGACGAAUUAUUCAAGAAAGCUAUAGGUGGUGAAAAAAAUAGAAAUCGUAAUAGCCAAAGUAUUCAUUUAGAUUUGCAAAAGGCCUAUCUUCAAAAACCUGGACUAGCAGAGAGAAAAAAAGCUGAUCUCAUGGAUUUGGUCAAUAAAAACCUCAUUCCUAGAUACCACAAGCCAUUUUACGAAUCAUUGUAA